GGCGUUGUAGCAGACGUGGCUCUUUUGAUACUUUCGUCGUCCGCUGCAGCGUGGCCGACUUCAAAAAAGUUUUGCGUCUGCAGCUGCGUGAUCGAUCUCGGCAUCGUCACCCUUUUCAAAGAGGAGCGCGAUGAGGUGCCUCGCUUUGCUGAUCGCUCUCGUUGUUUGCACGCAGCCAGCCUUGAGCGACGGAGAUGCAGAGCUCAAAGUCGAAAUCGUCAAGAGUUCGGACAGCUGCAGCCGCAAGAGCAAAAAGGGAGACAUCCUGUCGAUGCACUACACCGGCACCCUGGUCGACGGCAAGGAGUUUGACUCCAGCCGACAGCGCGGCGAGCCGUUCCGCUUCCAGAUCGGCCUGGGCCAGGUGAUCAAGGGCUGGGACCAGGGCCUGCUCGACAUGUGCGUGGGCGACAAGCGAAAGCUGACCGUGCCUCCGUCGCUGGGCUACGGGGAGGCCGGCGCCGGAGACCGUAUCCCGCCCGGCGCCACGCUCGUCUUCGAGACCGAGCUCACGAAGAUCGAGGACGGCCCGCCGCCGGUCAACGUCUUCAAGCAGAUCGACAGCGACCAGGACGAACAGCUGACGCGCGAAGAGAUCAGCAAAUACCUGAAGGAGCAGCUCCCAGCCGCACAGGCUGCUGGACUCAAGGACCUGCCAGACACGGACAAAAUGGUCGAGGAGAUCUUCCAGCACGAGGACAAGGAUCGCGACGGUGUCAUCUCCAGGGAGGAGUUCAGCGGACCCAAGCACGACGAGCUCUAAUUGUGUCUUCCUUGAAACUAUCCAUUUUUGAUUGAGUGCAAACACGGGACGCAACAUCAGCAUGCAGCAACCAUAUCUGGGGUGCCCAUUUCUCACACUGCAUGUGCACUUCAGACUGGCCAUUCAAUGCCAAAGUCUAUUUCACACUUCACUAGUGCCUCAAUCACCACUGUUUGUGCCAACCGAAAAAUUUGUCUGAAAAGGAAAGAUCAACAACGAAUCACGUGGCAGCUAUAGCUGCAUCCAUUGCUCAGUUUUGUACUAACGCAAAAGAACACCUCUUCCCAUUAUUUGAAAAUUUUCUUACCUUUCGACCACACGAGAGUUACAAAAAAAAAAAGGAGACUAACUAGCCCAGGCAUAAGUCAAAAGUGCAGAGGCGAGCGGCAAUGCUAGUGGUGGCACUGUUCAACAAUGUUUAGAGACAGCAUGCAUUGCUUUCUCAGCAAUAAUUCUUUAAUGUGUUGCUAAUCAUCCAUUUAAUGAUACAAAUGUGUCAUCACUAUUGGAUGCACAUUCUGGUGUACUAUCGAAACCUCUCCUAUGUAAAUUAUGGGUAUUUCUCUAUAUGAUCCAAAGCUAUACACUUUCGUGAAAUUUUAAACCUCUCCCCCUUCAGGCGUGUGCAGCUUAAACACGUUGAAAAUCUUGCUUGGUGCUAUUUCGCGCACUGUAGAAACAUUGUUUUAAAGUAUUUACAUAACCUAUUUACCUGUUUACCUUUUUAUGAGCAAAUUUUAUUGAACACCUACUACUGUGGCUAUUUAAAAUAUUGAACAAAUUGCAACGCUGACCUUCUGUCGAGAAUCGAGUAUUCGGUGAUCGAGUAUACGUCCUUUACAUAAUUUUUUUCUAGCACGUAUUUAUUGCCGUUUACAACACUCGCUGUUUCGUACGUGUACCGCAUGACUGCAUGUGCCACAAUUGUGUUAAAACUUUUCAAAAAGGGUCUUCCUGUUUUUGUCAAUAAACUAUGCCGAACAAA